AAUGGCUUCUAGUGAGUGUCUCUUAUGUGGUGCAAUGGGGCACACCCUGCGUCUCGCACAUGCUCGGUUAUUUCGUUCUACUCGCCUUGCACCAAUAAUUUGAUGGAGCUCGCUCUGCACAUUUGUUUUUGUUUUUGUUUUUGGAGCAGAAGCUUUACUCUCUGCAGCUGCUAGAUCUGGUUUCUCCUUCCUCUGGAGCUGUGAAGCAAAGCUAAUGUUCGAUCGAUCCUCUUCUUCCUGUCCUUGCUGAUCGAUCCUUCCUUCUCUUUUUUUGUUACCACAGAUCGGCGCAGCGCCAUGCCGGCCACCGCCUUAACUGUUACCGGGUGGGGGCUGUCGCCGGUCAUCAAGGAGCUCGCAGAGGUGACGAAAUCCUUCCUGUAUGGCCGGUAUAGAAGCUUCAAGCGUUUCGUCGAUGAGCGUGCUCAGCUGGAGGAGAUCGUGAAGAAAGCCGAGCCCAUCAUGGAGAGACGGCGCGGCGUCCACGACGACGAGACGACGCGUGAGCUCAUAGAUGCCAUCGACGAGGUGAAGGGCGUCCUGGAUGCCUUUCUCUACCAGGACAUCCUCCUGGCCAACUUGGCAGCGAAGCACAACAAGCUCACACAAUUCGCCUACUCCGCGAGGAGAGCCGGCCGGCAGCUGGUCUACAAGGACGAGCCGUUCAGACGGCUCGAGAAGGUGUGGAAGAAGCUGCCCACAAUUGAUCAGAAAUUGCAGCUUUUUGCUGGAGAAGCCGCCUGCGAGCCAAUGGAGAAGAAGGCGACGGGCCCGCUGCCGUUGCCGGGGGAUAAGCUCUUCGUUGGGUACACCAAGGAGUAUGAUCAGCUGAUGUCAGCCUUGCUCAACGACCAGCCCAGCAGCAGCAACAACCGCCGCAACAUGGAUGUGGUAGCCGUGGUCGGCCCCGGCGGCUCCGGGACGACCACGAUGGCUCGGCGGGCAAUUAACGACCACAGAGUGGCGGAACAAUUCGAUUUGAAGGUAUGGGUGCAUGUUUCAAACACGUUCCUCAACACCCACCUGUUAGCAAAGAUCUGCAAGUCCAUGGAAGGAACCACAUGCCAAGCAGAAGCCGGGAUGCUGUUCAGCAAUCUCCAGCAGAUCGUUCGUGAAAGGUUCAGCUCCAAGAAGUUCCUGCUUGUGCUUGAUGACGUGUGCAACAAUGAAUCAGACAAUGACAUGGGGACAAGAUGAAGACUGUUAGACUAUGUAUAGCUUCUGUACUUAUGUACGUAUAUUGUACGUAUUGUAACACAUCCAUUAUAUAUAAUGAGAUAAGCCACCCCUAGAGGGUUGUGCUGGUUCCCCCAAAA